CAAAAACUCAUUUCUCCCACUAAUGAUAUAUGACUGAGACAUAACAAAGAAUCUUUCGUGACUUUUCUUCCUUUCUCCUCAUAUCACUUCCAAAAUUCUCUGAUGUCUUCCUCUUGUGAGUAAACGAAAAAGAAAAAAAAAGAAACAUAUCCAUGGCUGCUCCAAGAUCAUCAAGAAGAUGCUCUCUUUCUCUGUUAACCCUUUUCUCCAUAUCUCUUAUUCUUAUUUCUGUUUCACUAUUUGUCUUCACAAAGCCAACUAAUAAUAAGCCCUUGAUCGAUUACAGAAACCAAUUCUCUGUUGUCUCUGUCUCUUUUCCUCCUUCUCUGUCUCCUCUUGGACAGGACAACACAACAAACACUAGUUUUGCUCCAGCCUCUUCUCCUUCUCAACUACUACUGCCUCUUCCUAGAGAGAGCAACACAACAAACACUACUCUUUCUUCAGUCUCCCCUUCUUCUUUAUACGAUGAUCAACAAAACCAAAAUAAGUCUCCAAGUCCUACAAGUAAAAAAGUUAUUAUCAGGAAGAGAAGUGGGUUGGAUAAAAUAGAAUCAGAUUUAGCAAAAGCAAGAGCAGCAAUUAAGAAGGCAGCUUCAACACAAAAUUAUGUUAGCUCCCUCUACAAAAAUCCAGCCGCCUUUCAUCAGAGUCACACGGAAAUGAUGAAUCGGUUUAAGGUGUGGACAUACACAGAGGGAGAGGUCCCACUGUUCCAUGACGGCCCUGUGAAUGACAUUUACGGCAUAGAAGGUCAAUUCAUGGACGAAAUGUGCGUGGACGGCCCCAAGAGUAGAAGCCGUUUUCGGGCGGAUCGCCCCGAGAAUGCUCACGUUUUCUUCGUACCGUUUAGUGUCGCCAAGGUUAUCCACUACGUCUACAAGCCCAUCCGCUCUGUUGAAGGAUUUUCGCGGACGCGCCUACACCGUCUUAUAGAGGAUUACGUUGACGUAGUUGCUACUAAACAUCCCUAUUGGAACAGAAGCCAGGGAGGCGAUCAUUUCAUGGUAUCAUGCCAUGACUGGGCACCAGACGUGAUCGACGGGAAUCCAAAGUUAUUUGAAAAAUUUAUAAGGGGACUUUGCAAUGCUAACACCUCGGAAGGAUUCCGGCCUAAUGUGGACGUAUCCAUUCCAGAGAUCUACCUUCCUAAAGGUAAAUUGGGUCCAUCUUUUCUCGGUAUAUCGCCGAGAAUUCGAUCUAUACUCGCAUUUUUUGCUGGAAGAAGUCACGGUGAUAUCCGAAAAAUCUUAUUUAAACAUUGGAAAGAAAUGGACAAUGAAGUCCAAGUCUAUGACCAUCUUCCCCCGGGAAAAGACUAUACAAAAUUAAUGGGAAUGAGCAAGUUUUGUCUCUGUCCGAGUGGUUGGGAGGUCGCUAGCCCUAGAGAGGUUGAGGCGAUAUAUGCUGGUUGUGUACCGGUGAUCAUAUCGAAUAAUUAUUCAUUACCAUUCAGUGAUGUGCUUAAUUGGGAUUCCUUCUCAAUACAAAUCCCUGUUUCCAGGAUACCAGAGAUUAAAACCAUUCUACAGAGUGUCUCACUUGUAAGAUACUUGAAGAUGUAUAAGAGAGUGUUAGAAGUGAAGAAGCAUUUCGUGCUGAAUCGUCCAGCUAAACCCUACGAUGUGAUGCAUAUGAUGCUUCACUCUAUCUGGUUAAGGCGACUUAAUCUUAGGCUUGGUACAUAGUAUACAUUAUUGUUUUGUUUUGUUACAAAUAAACUUUUAAGUGUCUAAACUCAUAUGAGUUACCAUAGCUUUGUAUUCUUUCUAUAAAUUUGCAUAGUUCUCUCUUGUAUAUAUACACUACAACAAACACAAGAUCAAAGAGUUUCAUGUUAAUAAGAGACACAAAGCAUUUGUUAUU